GACAAACAACGAAAGGGCUUUUACAUGAGAGGUAGGUAUUCGUACCGUGCUCUACUCGACUCGCCAAAGUUGCCUCUCUCGCCGCCCCACUCAACGUCUUGAUGCCGUGGAAUGAUGAAUCCCCAGGGCCCUGAUAGGAUCCCGGGUUUGCUUCUACAUGUACGGGUACCGCCCCGUCUGUCCAAUGCCAGUAUUCGUAUUCUCGCUCAGUCGUUCGUUGCUCGCGGCACCGCUUCUUUCCCACCCCCGACUCGUGUAGAUGCCGAGCGCGGGCACGGCUUACACCCCUCUUCGCUCCCUGGACGGCACCAACAAACAGGUCGCAAGUGGCACGAUGCUCAAGCACAUUGUCGAGGAAUUCCCCGCCACGGCGCCAACAAGAACAACCGGCCAGGGAAGUCUAGGGUCGAUCCUGCACGGCACUGCAAUGGCUGGCUGGCCGUCUGUGAUGCAUCGUUGUGGCUCAUGUACUAUCCGGUACUGUACUUGCACAUCACGUCCCCCUCUCACAAACAUGGCGCUCUCAGCUGCAUUCCAUGCUGUCAGCUUUCAACAACCACCACCAGAGGCCUCACCGCCUGCUCUCUUACACUUCCCGUGUGGAUAACUGGGUACAUAGUAUGCCACAGCGGCAGAGCAAUGGCCAGGCGGGAUGGCGGUAGCGCACGAGAUUGGGCCGCCAACCCCUUACUGCGACGUGCCUUCUACUAGAGGGCGGCCGGUCUGCGUGUCUUGGGCGGGGGCGGCUCUAGUUGGCUUGGGCCUGGCUGCCAAGUGGUUCCGAGUCGCCUACUGCUGGGCUAGGGCUGGAGAUCAUCGACAUGUGAAUCACCUCGUUCGACAGCCACGGGGCAAAUCGGA